GAACUUUGCAAGUGCAAUGUUAUAUGGCAUAAUGAACUCAUUCACCCAUAUUUUGUGUGGGUUCAAAUAUAAAGAAAAACAAUUACAGUAAUGAUAUUGUUUGGUUAGAUAUGGAAAUGAGUGGACUUGAUGUAAAUACAUCUCACAUUUUGGAAAUAGCAUGUUUAAUCACUAAUAGAAAUUUAGACAUUAUAAGUGAGGAUUUAAAUAUUGUUAUACAUCAGCCAGAUGAAAUAUUAGACAACAUGAAUGAUUGGUGCUUAGCAACCCAUCAUAAAACAGGAUUAAUUAAUGAAUCACGUUUAAGUCAAACUACAAUACAAGAUGCUGAAAACAUUGUACUAAAAUAUUUAAAAACAUAUGUAGAAGAAAAAGCAUGUCCAUUAGCAGGAAGUUCAGUAUAUAUGGAUCGUAUGUUUUUGUAUAAAUAUAUGCCAUUGAUUAAUAACUACGUGCACUAUAGAAUUAUUGAUACUUCUACUAUUAAAGAAUUAAUUAAAAGGUGGAAUACAAAUGUACCUGUCCUGCAAAAAAGAUGUGAUCAUAGAGCAUUAUUAGAUAUAAAAGAAAGUAUAAGGGAAUUAAAAUGUUACAAAAAAUAUGUAUUUGAUCUGUUUUGUGCUUAA